AUGCUUGCAGCAAGGAGCAGAUGCGUCUCGCGCGUUGCCACACUCCGCGCGAGCUCCCUAACAGCACUCACACGCUCUAACACACGACUAAUAUCACACCCACCAUCACCAAAAUCACUCCAGCCUUUGUUAUCUGUUCGCACAUAUGCUCGAGGUCGACCACAGCCUCCAGGCGGGACCCACCGCAUGAACAUGGGAGGAGAAGAGGAGAAACCUGCACUCGAACAGUAUGGUAUUGACCUUACUCAACGCGCCAGAGAUGGCAAACUCGACCCCGUGAUUGGAAGGGAUGCCGAAAUCCAACGAACCAUCCAAGUACUGUCGCGGCGUACCAAGAACAAUCCUGUUCUCAUUGGUUCAGCAGGAACGGGUAAAACUGCCAUCCUCGAAGGUCUAGCGCAAAGAAUUGUGAGAGGAGACGUCCCUGAGAGUAUCAGGGAGAAGAAAGUCAUCUCCCUUGAUCUAGGCUCACUCAUAGCUGGCGCAAAGUUCCGAGGCGACUUUGAAGAGCGUCUGAAGAACGUGCUGAAGGAAACCCAAGAAGCCGAGGGCAAGGUUAUUCUCUUUGUCGACGAACUUCACACUCUACUCGGACUUGGCAAAGCCGAAGGCAGUAUCGACGCUAGCAACCUACUUAAGCCCGCCCUCUCCCGUGGUGAACUCCAAUGCUGUGGUGCCACCACUUUGAACGAGUACAGAUUGAUCGAGAAGGACGUUGCUCUGGCUCGACGUUUCCAACCUAUCCUCGUUGGUGAGCCCAGUGUGCAAGACACCAUCUCUAUCCUUCGAGGUAUCAAAGAUCGCUACGAAGUUCACCACGGUGUCCGCAUCACCGAUUCUGCGCUCGUCGCUGCUGCCACUUACAGCAACCGAUACAUCACCGAUAGAUUCCUACCAGACAAAGCAAUUGAUCUGGUAGACGAAGCCAGCAGUGCUUUGCGACUCCAGCAGGAAAGCAAGCCCGAUGCGAUUCAGAAACUCGACCGCGAGAUCAUGACCAUCCAGAUCGAGCUCGAGUCGCUACGGAAAGAAAAGGACAUUGCGAGUAAGGAGCGUAGAGAGCAGCUGGAGAAGAGUCUCACGCUCAAGCAAGACGAAGUUGGCUUGCUUACUGAGAAAUGGGAAAAGGAGCGAGCCGAGAUCGAAGAGGCCAAGGGCAUUAAGGAGAAGCUUGAACAGGCUCGCCUUGAUCUCGAGCAAGCCCAGCGAGCUGCUGAUUUGGCUCGUGCCAGUGAGCUACGUUACAGCACCAUCCCAGAAUUGGAGAAGAAGCUCCCAAACGAGAAUGCAGAGGGGGCGGUCGAUUCCGACGGCAACGCCCUCUUACAUGAUUCGGUCAACGCAGACGAUAUUGCUGCAGUUGUUGCACGAACCACUGGCAUUCCUGUAAACAAGCUGAUGUCAGGUGAGAUCGAAAAACUUGUGCACAUGGAGGAUAGUUUGCGCCAAUCUGUCCGCGGCCAGGACGAAGCACUCACCGCUGUUGCCAACGCUGUCCGCAUGCAGCGUGCGGGCUUGAGUGGCGAGAAUCGACCUCUUGCAUCUUUCAUGUUCUUGGGACCUACAGGUGUUGGCAAGACUGAGCUUUGCAAGAAGAUGGCUGAGUUUCUCUUCUCCACCGAGUCCGCCGUCACUCGCUUCGACAUGAGUGAGUUCCAGGAGAAGCACACAGUCAGUCGCUUGAUCGGAAGUCCUGCUGGAUAUGUAGGCUAUGAAGACGCCGGUCAGCUCACCGAGGCUGUUCGUCGAAAGCCAUACGCCGUCCUUCUUUUCGACGAGUUCGAAAAGGCACACAAAGACAUUUCGACUCUGCUUUUGCAGGUUCUCGAUGAAGGCUUCCUUACUGACGCCCAAGGACAUAAGAUUGAUUUCCGCAAUACCAUGAUCGUUCUGACGUCGAACCUGGGUGCCGAAGCACUCCUUGCAGAUGAGAGCUCCAGCAGCGAAAUUUCAUCUGAGGUGAAGGCGGACGUUAUGGACGUGGUGCAAUCAGCGUAUGCUCCUGAGUUCUUGAACCGUGUUGACGAGUUUAUCAUCUUCAAGCGUCUCUCACGCGAUGCCCUUAGAGACAUUGCAGAUAUCCGCCUCAAGGAGCUGCAGGCUAGACUUGAUGACCGCCGCAUAAAACUUGACGUACCAGAUGAUGUCAAAGCCUGGCUUUGCGAGAAGGGAUACGAGCCUCGCUACGGUGCUCGCCCUCUCAACCGUCUCAUUUCUAAGGAGAUUGGCAAUGGCCUGGCCGACAAGAUCAUCCGCGGACAAAUCAAAACUGGAGACGUGGCUAGGAUUGCUGUUCGCUCUGACGGAGAGCAUCUCGAGGUCAUCGCACCGUAG